UGAAUACCAGGGCCUGGUAAAGCACACCGGAGGCUGCCACUGUGGAGCCGUUCGUUUUGAAGUUUGGGCCUCAGCAGAUUUACACAUCUUUGACUGCAACUGCAGCAUUUGCAAGAAGAAGCAGAAUAAACACUUCAUUGUUCCAGCUUCUCGCUUCAAGCUCCUGAAGGGAGCUGAGAGCAUAACCACGUACACGUUCAACACGCACAAAGCGCAGCACACCUUCUGUAAGAGAUGUGGUGUUCAGAGCUUCUACACCCCCCGCUCCAACCCUGGAGGCUUUGGAAUCGCCCCACAUUGCCUGGAUGACGGCACCGUGCGGAGUGUGGUCAUUGAGGAAUUCAAUGGCAGUGAUUGGGAGAAGGCCAUGAAGGAGCACAAGACCAUCAAGAACAUGUCUAAAGAGUGAGCUCCUGCUUCUCCCUUCCUGAAAAGGAGGAGUGAGUGGGGCCAGCAUGACGUCUCGGUGGUGCCCCUGGCGUGGCUGACCAGGCUGCUGGUGCUGCUGGCCAGCAGCUGCCGUGGUCCCUUGGUUUGCUGCAGCUACCAGUUUCUGUAGGCAGCUCUUUGUCCUUACUCAGCCUGGAUUUUGAUGUAGGCUAGUUCACCCUGUCCCUUCUUUCCCCCAACUUUUGUGUGAUCUUUUAGAAAAUAAAUAUUUUUAACAUUAA